AUGGCCUCUUCGCUGAUACAGACUGACGGUGGUAUUUCGCAUCACGACUCUACGAUCCCUACAAUACCAUCCAACAACCCAAACGAAAAUGCCACAACCCCGUCUUUGCAUUCGAUGGAGGCGCCGAAUCUGCCGGUCAAUGCAGCCUCGUCACCACGCUUCCCCCAGCGACAAAAUAUCCUGAAGCGCUACAGCCAAGUGAAAAAUACCGUUUCUUCCCAUGUAUUGCGCUUUGCGGAAUGGCUCGACUCGACGCAGGGCCGCGGAGUGCUAAAAUGCACCUUUGCCUACACACUGGCCAGUUUGGCUACCUUUGUUGGGCCGCUGUCUGACUUCUUGGGCAGGCCAGAUGGUAAACAUGUCGUCGCCACCAUCACGGUGUACUUCCAUGCUGCGAGAUCUGCCGGUUCUAUGAUAGAGGCUAUCUUGAUCGCCAUUCUUGCCGUCGCCUACGCCGAAAUUGUCUCGAUUCUUUCCAUGGUCGUCUCAGUCAUGGUCGGAGCCCGAUUGGGCCUGGUGACUCUUGCCCAUGCCUUGGUGGUUAUUGUCUUCAUAGGAGGAGGCUUUGGCUUCAUGGGAUGGAUCAAGCAACGAAUGAACAAUCCUCUUGUCAAUGUCGGCAGUACACUGGCUUCCAUCGCAAUUAUUUCCGUCGUCACCAAGGAGAAUGCCGUCGUGUACAACAUCUUUUCCAACCAAAAGAUAGCUCAGGUUCUAAAAAUGCUUGUAAUGGGCAUCACAAGCGCCGCUGCAGUCAACCUACUCAUCUGGCCUGUGUCGGCAAGAACGCAACUGCGGGAAUCGAUGGUGAAGGCGUCGGUAGCGCUUGGCGACGUGCUGACCGCAGUCAACUCGAGCUUCCUCCGAGGUGAUACCUGGCAUGACCACCCAAACGAAAUCUCCAAAGCUUCGUCCGCUUACAAACAGACGCACGCCGCAGUUCUCAAAAGUCUGAGAGAAUCAAAAUUCGAGCAAUACUUUCUCGGCCGCGAGAAAGUCUACUCCGUGGAACGAUCAAUCGUGCAAGCAAUGGAGACACUGGCGCAAUCCAUCGGGGGUCUGAGAAGUGCGGCAAAGACACAACAGACGCUCCUCAACAGCAACGUCGCUGAUCCCUCGCAUAUUGCAUCAGAUCUCUUUGAGACAUUUACCAACAUGAUUCGACCGUCAAUGCAAGACCUGACGGAGACGCUCUCUCUCGUUCUUCAGGAGCCCGUGUUCGGCGGCCCACCUGAGUAUGAAAUACACAUCAACGAAGGCUUUCGCUCGGCUUUGACAGUCUCGUUGGCCACGUUCACAAGCUCGAGAGUUGAUGCUUUACAACACGUCUACGAUUUGCUAACACGUCAUGCCGAUUCCAACCGCAGCCCCACUAACGUCGCUUUGGAGGAAAUGGCAGCAGCAUGUGGGCAUUUUAGCUUCAGUCUCCAAUCCUUUGGUGAGGAGAUGCAAAAGUACUUGGACAUGCUGGAAGAUUUGAGAUAUGUCACCGACCAUUCUAAGCGAAGUUGGAGGUGGCUGGUGUGGUGGCGGGCCGACGCGCCUCGUAGCUACAGCAUGUCUGCUCCUCCCUUCGAGUCGUCCGACUCCGAGAACCUUAUCAAGCCCAUAAAGAAAUCGUCGGUGCCCAAGGGAAUACCCGAUUCAAUGUCGCAGCAGAGGGACACGUACAGUUGGCAAGCAUCUCCCGAUGAGAAUAAGUGGCUUGCUAGGAUGUCGCGAAUGGUGCUGAGAACAUUGAGGAAGGUGGCCCGUGACGACAUUUUGUUUGGCAUCAAGGUGGGAAUUGGAGCAUCGUUGUGGGCAAUGUUUGCCUUCUUGGAUGCCACGCGGCCCACGUACAAUCACUACCGUGGGGAAUGGGGCCUGCUAUCAUUCAUGAUUGUCUGUUCCAUGACGGUUGGGGCUUCCAACACCACGGGCUGGUCCAGAUUUGUUGGUACCUUUCUUGGUGCGGCCUUUUCCAUCAUCAAUUGGAAUCUGAGCCAGGGGAAUGCUGUUGUUCUCGCUAUCCUGGGGUGGGCCGUGAGCUUUUUCAAUUUCUAUCUCAUUGUCGCACGUGGCCAAGCGCCGUUAGGAAGAAUGACCAUCUUGGCUUACAAUGUCUCGACCCUGUACGCAUACAGCCUGAGCCAGAAAGUGGACGACGCGGAUGACGACGAAGGCGGAGUACAACCGCUCAUUAUGGAAAUUGUGAAGCACCGAGCGAUUUCUGUUACAGCCGGCAUUCUCUGGGGCUUAAUUGUGUGUCGUGUCAUCUGGCCCAUAUCUGCUCGGAGGAAGUUUAAGGAGGGCAUAUCUGUUCUGCUCCUUCAGAUGGGACUGAUUUGGAGACGGGGGCCUCUAGCCAUCCUAUUACGUAGCGACUGCUCCCAGAGCUAUCUCAAAUCCGGCGAGCAGGCUGCCCUGCAGCGAUAUGCAGACCGCCUUGAAAGCCUUCGCCAGUCAGCCGCCUCCGAAUUUGAACUACGGGGUCCAUUCCCUUUCCAGGCGAAUGGACGAAUCAUGCAGAGCGCCACCAAGAUUCUGGAUAGCUUUUUUGCCAUGAGUCUGGUGACGCAGUCGAAAGGGAGGUUGACGCAGGGCGAAAGGGCUUUGCUCGAAGUCACGGCUGAAGAGCGGGUUGUUCUUUGCGACCGCAUCUGCCACAUCUUUGAGGUUCUGGCCAGCUCGAUGAUGCUGGAGUAUCCAUUGACAGAUUCGUUGCCGAAUAUACUUACGACUCGCGACCGCCUGCUGAGCAAAAUCUCGCGAUUUAGAGAGGAGAACAUGGCAGCUUUGCGGGCGGACAUCGACCGGGCCCGAGCGGGUAGUAGUAACAGUACCGGCGUCUCUUAUGCGGAGGAUGAGCCUGGUGCUGUUGUUUCCGAGAGCGAUUAUGCUUUGCUGUAUGCAUACGUGCUUGUUACGGGACAAGUGGCAGACGAGCUGAGGAUUGUGGCCGCGGAGAUGGAGAGUUUAUUCGGGAUUUUAAGUGGCGACAUGACGCUAUUGGCAUGA